UGGGAUGUUCCUGUCAGUUCAACUCAGCCAGAGUUGGGACGGGAGCUUCAUCCCCGCGUCCUUGCGGAGGUGCGGCAGUCAGAUGUGUCGGUCACGUCUUUGAAACAGCGCACUUUCAACGAGUGCGACGAUUUAAACACAUUUAAGAUGACAGUUCUCAAAGAAAUCCCGGGGAUAUGGUUUCCAGUCUUUUUCCCCCUUGAAAGAAAGAAAAGGAAAGGACUUGAUGGAGCAGAAACGAAAAAGAAGCGGACAGAGGAGGAGAGAAAGGUCAGAGCCAACGACAGAGAAUACAACGAAAAGUUUCAGUACGCGAGUAACUGCAUCGUGACAUCAAAAUACAACAUUCUCACCUUUCUGCCUGUCAACCUGUUUGAGCAGUUCCAGGAAGUAGCCAACACAUACUUCCUUUUCCUGCUUAUAUUACAGUUGAUACCUCAGAUCUCCUCCCUCUCCUGGUUCACUACCAUCGUGCCUUUGGCUCUGGUGCUGAGCAUCACCGCAGUGAAGGACGCCACAGAUGACUAUUUUCGCCACAAGAGUGAUAAUCAAGUGAACAACCGCCAGUCUCAGGUGCUCAUCCAAGGCUCGCUGCAGAAUGAGAAGUGGAUGAACGUUCGAGUAGGUGAUAUCAUCAAACUGGAGAACAAUCAGUUUGUGGCAGCUGACCUGCUCCUGUUGUCGAGCAGUGAACCUCAUGGGCUUUGUUACAUCGAGACAGCCGAACUAGACGGGGAGACCAAUAUGAAGGUGCGUCAGUCCGUCUCAGUGACAGCUGAGCUCGGUGACCCAAACAACUUGGCGACAUUCGACGGUGAGGUGGUAUGUGAGCCACCAAACAACAAGCUGGACCGUUUUUCUGGGACUCUUUAUUGGAGAGACAAGAAAUACCCUCUGAGCAACCAGAACAUGCUGCUGCGCGGAUGCGUCCUCCGCAACACAGAGGCCUGCUAUGGUCUGGUCAUUUUCGCAGGCCCAGAUACAAAGCUAAUGCAGAACAGCGGUCGCACCAAGUUUAAGCGUACGAGCAUCGAUCGCCUGAUGAACACUCUGGUCCUCUGGAUCUUCGGCUUCCUGGUGUGCAUGGGCGUGAUCCUGGCCGUGGGUAAUGCGGUGUGGGAGAGAGAGGUGGGCUCCUUGUUUCAGAGCUACCUGCCCUGGGACCCUCCUGUGGACAGCUUCCUAUUCUCAGCCUUCCUCUCCUUUUGGUCCUAUGUCAUCAUUCUGAACACGGUGGUGCCGAUCUCUCUGUAUGUCAGCGUGGAGGUGAUCCGGUUGGGUCACAGCUACUUCAUCAACUGGGACCGGCAGAUGUUCUGCUCGCAGUGCAGCACACCGGCCGAGGCCAGAACCACCACUCUGAACGAGGAGCUGGGCCAGGUUGAAUACAUCUUCAGUGACAAGACUGGAACCCUCACUCAGAACAUCAUGAGCUUCAACAAAUGCUCCAUCAAUGGACAAACUUAUGGCGAGGUAACAGAUCCAUUGGGAGCACCACCAAAGAGACUGGACUUUACUCCUUUCAACCCCCUGGGGGACCCAGACUUCUGUUUCUACGACGACAAGCUGCUGGAAUCAGUGAAAGUUGGGGACAAUCAUACCCAUGAGUUUUUCCGCCUGCUCUCUCUCUGUCACACAGUUAUGAGUGAGGAAAAGAGUGAAGGAGAGCUGCUGUAUAAGGCUCAGUCUCCAGAUGAGGGCGCUCUAGUGACAGCGGCACGAAACUUCGGCUUUGUGUUUCGCUCCCGAACGCCAGGGACUAUCACCACCACAGAGAUGGGACGGACUGUCACUUAUUCGCUGCUUGCCAUUCUGGACUUCAACAAUAUACGCAAGAGGAUGUCAGUUAUAGUACGUAACCCAGAGGGCCGGAUCCGUCUGUACUGUAAAGGAGCUGACACUGUGCUGUUGGAAAGGCUUCACUCUUGUAACCAGGAACUGAUGAGCAUUACCUCAGACCACCUUAAUGAGUAUGCAGCAGAUGGGCUGCGGACACUGGCUCUGGCCUACAGGGACCUCUCGGAGGAGGAGUGGGAAGCCUGGUCAGAGAGCCACCGCUUUGCUGACAAGGCCACUGACUUCAGGGAGGACAGGCUGGCUGCAGCCUAUGACAAGAUAGAACAAGAUAUGAUGCUCUUAGGUGCCACAGCUAUAGAGGAUAAGCUGCAAGAAGGAGUCCCUGAAACCAUCGCUCUCCUCUCUCUGGCUAAUAUAAAGAUCUGGGUUCUCACUGGAGACAAGCAGGAAACCGCUGUCAACAUAGGUUACUCAUGUAAGAUGCUGACAGAUGAUAUGACUGAGGUGUUUAUCAUCAGCGGGAACACUGUCCAGAGUGUUCGUCAAGAACUCAGGAGGGCGCGGGAGCGGAUGAUCGAGCUGUCGCGUGCCAGAGAUGGAGGGAAAGAUGAAGGGCUGGAGGGAUGGGUGGACAAGUGUUUCAUGGGUAAUGGGUUCAGAGAAGGAGAUGGACCAGCAGCAGGAAGAGGAGGUGGGAAGCGUUUUCGAUGCACUCCCUUUCCCUCAGCUCACUCUAACUUCAUGGAGAGCAUCUCUGGAGAGUUUGGCCUUGUGAUGAACGGUCACAGUCUGGCCCACGCGCUGGAAGCGGACAUGGAGGCAGAGUUUGUGUCGACUGCAUGCGCUUGCAAAGCCGUGAUCUGCUGCAGAGUCACCCCGCUGCAAAAAGCUCAGGUGGUGGAGCUCAUCAAGAACCACAAGAAGGCCGUCACACUGGCCAUAGGAGACGGCGCUAACGACAUUAGUAUGAUCAAAAGUGCUCACAUUGGAGUGGGCAUCUCCGGCCAGGAGGGGAUCCAGGCCGUUCUGUCCAGCGACUACUCUUUUGCACAGUUCCGCUUCCUGCAGCGCCUGCUGUUGGUCCACGGCCGCUGGUCCUACCUGCGCAUGUGCCGCUUCCUCUGCUAUUUCUUCUACAAGAACUUUGCCUUCACCAUGGUGCACUUUUGGUUUGGCUUCUUCUGCGGCUUCUCUGCUCAGACAGUAUAUGAUCAGUUCUUCAUCACGCUCUACAACAUUGUGUACACGUCGCUCCCAGUGCUGGCCAUGGGGAUAUUUGACCAGGAUGUUCCAGAUCAGAGAAGUCUGGAGUAUCCCAAGUUGUAUGAGCCGGGGCAGCUCAACCUCCUCUUCAACAAGCGGGAGUUCUUCAUCUGCAUUGCCCAGGGCAUCUACACAUCGGUGGUUCUGUUUUUUGUCCCCUAUGCCGUACUGUCUGAUGCCACCCAGAGCAACGGAGUGCCCCUCGCUGACUAUCAGACCUUUGCAGUUACCACGGCAACAGCCCUGGUUAUAGUGGUCAGUGUACAGAUCACUCUUGAUACCGGCUUCUGGACGGUCAUCAACCACGUGUUUGUGUGGGGCUCCCUGGGCUCCUAUUUCACCAUCAUGUUUGCUCUGCAUAGCCAGACCCUCUUCAGGAUUUUCCCCAAUCAAUUCCACUUUGUAGGUAGUGCCCAGAACACAUUACUGCAACCAGUCGUGUGGUUAACUAUUGUCCUUGCAACAGCAAUAUGUAUAGUUCCAGUUUUGGCUUUCCGAUUCCUCAAACUGGACCUCAAGCCUCAGCUCUCAGACACGGUGCGUUACACUCAGCUGGUGCUGCAGAAGAGAAGGAAGCCUGCAGGACGCAGCGCUGGAGGAGCCUGGCGUGGUGUGGGCAGCGUGUCAGAGGGCCGUCUGGGUGCUCGCGGCGGCUCCAGGCGCUCAGGCUACGCCUUCGCUCAUCAGGAAGGCUUUGGAGAGCUGAUCACUUCAGGGAAAAACAUGAGGCUCUCUUCUCUGGGAUUGGCUUCCUUCGCAUCCAGACACAGCUCCAGCUGGAUCGACACGCUCCGCAGGAAGAAAAACCCUCACACUCCCCCCACCACCUCUGGGGAGUGCAGCCCGGCACCAAGUAGCAUCUCUGGGUCGGUUCCACAGCUUUCCAACUCCUCCUCUGUCCUGGGGGGCUCACAAGAAACACCUAUUGAGGAGGAAACGGUCACAGCAGCGGCCCAGAAUAUACAAAGUGUUCCUGCUUCGCUCACACAAACCUCAUCAGCUUUAGCGCCGCCAUCAGAAGCAGCUGCAUCUCAGGACUCAACUCAGGCCUCCGGUGCUGCCACUGCAACCGCUGCUACAGCAAGAUCCCAUGUGAGAGACCCCCCCGGAGGCUGGAUGUGCUCUCUGGGCUCUCUACAGGAAGCUCUGUUUGGUUGGAAGGGGAUCAUGGCUCGCACCAGUGCAUGCAACAGCCCUGGACCCCCCUCUGAAGCCCCCCAGGAGGAGUAAAGGUUCUGCAACAAGAUGGAUGAACUUCACAUUAGCUACUGUCUACUUGGCGCACACACGUCACUGUGUGCGUAUCUACAUUAUACACAGACUGAAAUGAGCAAGCAGACUGUUUCAAAAGUAUACAGAACACAAGAGGUGGUGGCAGCAACCAAAGACAUGGACUUUCCCAUCUGUAAAGGAAUGAGUGGUGGAACAGCUGAUCUCUGCACCGUAUGAUUACUCCUCACAAGUGACUUUGAAAGAGAUUUACAGAAUAUAAAUAUGAAGAUCAGCAGCAGGUGUAGUUAGAACGAUAGCUAUAAAAUAGAUAAAAACUGUUUCUGUUGAUUACAAAAGCCUUAAAAUAAAAACGCGCAGCAUCUCUUAGAGUCAACAAUGAGGUGGAUAAAAGAACAAGCUCUCCAGUGAGAUGCUGACACUGUUAUAUUACGUUUUCUCUGUUGGAAAAUCAGUUUUCAAUAUAGUUCUCAGUGAGAACGCUAUUUUAAUUUACAAAAGACUGUUGGAGGAUUUGUGUCACUUAUCUGUUGUUGAUCUGCAGUUUUGUUCUACCAUUCCUCUUUUUUGCAUCAUAUUGAUGUGUUUCUUAUGGUCUGGUUGCGUUGCGCCUUAUAUAAAGCUUUCAUCGCUGUGAUUUGGAAGUUUCCUAGUUUGACAAAGGCCGGGUCAUGUUAAUAUAACUCUGGUGUAAAAGCGGAACGAAUUCAUUGCAACCAGUUUACUUUUGGGUGAAACCUACAAAAUUGCAAAUUAUUAACAAAGCAAUGUUAAGAGGUAGUUUGUCAUGUCUUUAAUCAUUAAUGUUGGCAUUUUCUGGGUGAACACUAGUGCUGAUUCCAUCUUGUCACACUCCAGUGAAGUGCUUCAGGUUUUUACUUGUCCAUGAAUAAAAGGAAAGUGUAUGUGGAUUAUUAUACAUUCACAACGCCAAGACAUUAGACUCUUCCUCUGUAUCAAGUAACAUCUCUCAAGCAAAGGUUCCUGUUUAACACUAAUGUUCAAAACAUGUUAAUGUAGUUGUGCAGCAGACCAAUUGGGAAAUGUACAAUUUUACAAUAGUGGAAUACCCCACCCAUCUAUUUUUAACUUUAAAAAUACAUACAUGCUUUUUUGUCUUCCUGUCUCUCAUGAGAGAAUAUUAGAUACAUAAAAUGCAAAUGUCACUUGAUGUAAGAAGUCCGAGGCAGAAAUGACAAAGCAAGUGGUGAAAGUGAGAUGAAACAGAUAACAUGAGGAUUUUCAUGUUUUAAAUUUGACCACAAAAAUAAAUCAGACAUCUUUGUGGCAUUGACUCCUUUGUUUUUCGUGGUCUGCCAGCACUUUCUAUAAGCUAAAAUAAACUUUAUCAAGCAAGAGGAGCUUCUUAAUAGACAUCAUUUUUUUGCCUUCCUUUUUUGU